ACCUGAUGGCACCAUUACAGCCCAGACAUCUCCUCAGAGAGCUACCAUCAGUGCAAAGGUGAAGAAGAAGAAGAAAAAAGAGCAUUGAUAUGUGUGAAGUGCAAAAAGCGUAAAGACUUUUUGCAAAGGGUCUGAACCACUUCUUUGUGUCUGUUCUUCAGAAUGAAGAUGAAGAGAAGGCACUGCCAUUGCAAUUAGGAGACUGAAAAGCAUCUGGCAUACUCUGUGCUGUGUACAGUCUCUGACAACCUUGCAGGACAGUCGGCCCAAUAUGUCAAGACCUCUGAUCACUAGAUCCCCUGCAUCUCCAUUGAACAAUCAAGGCAUCCCCACUCCAGCACAACUCACAAAAUCCAACGCACCAGUUCACAUUGAUGUGGGUGGGCACAUGUAUACCAGCAGCUUGGCCACGCUUACAAAAUAUCCUGAUUCCAGAAUCGGCAGACUCUUUGAUGGCACGGAGCCCAUCGUCCUCGACAGCCUCAAGCAGCAUUAUUUCAUCGACAGAGAUGGGCAAAUGUUCAGAUAUAUCUUGAAUUUUUUAAGAACAUCGAAACUCCUCAUUCCUGAUGAUUUCAAGGACUACAGUUUGUUAUACGAAGAAGCAAAGUAUUUCCAGCUUCAGCCCAUGCUAGGAGAGAUGGAAAGGUGGAAACAAGACCGGGAGAGUGGCCGCUUCUCAAAAUCUUGUGAAUGCCUGGUGGUGCGUGUUGCCCCAGAUCUCGGUGAGAGGAUUACACUGAGUGGCGAUAAGUCAUUGAUAGAAGAAGUGUUUCCAGAGAUUGGUGAUGUGAUGUGUAAUUCUGUCAAUGCCGGCUGGAAUCAUGACUCAACGCAUGUCAUCAGAUUUCCGCUGAACGGAUACUGCCACCUCAACUCAGUUCAGGUCCUUGAGAGGUUACAGCAAAGAGGAUUUGAGAUUGUUGGCUCAUGUGGAGGUGGAGUGGACUCUUCCCAAUUCAGUGAAUACGUACUGAGACGAGAACUCAGAAAGACAUCUCGUGCACCCUCCGUCAUUCGAAUAAAGCAAGAGCCUCUGGACUAAAAUGGACAUGUUUCUUUAUGCAAAAAAAAAAAAAAAAAAAAAAGAGGAAAAAAAAAAAGAGAGGAAAAAAGGGGGAACGUUUCAUGUGCAGUUUGGACUCCAAACAAGUCCUGCAAGUAAAAGUGAAUAAAAGACACAUUUAUAUCAAAUAUAGAGACCACACCUGAAUUCAUAUGGGAACACUUGGAAUAGUAGUAAUAAUAAAAACCUCAAGGUGUAGAAGAAAAUACAGCCAUACAUAUAUAUAUGUACAUGCAUAUAUAUAUAUGUGUAUGUAUACAUCAAAGGGUAGGAAAUGCAAUGACAAACAAGUGGUAGAUGAGGUUGGUGCUGUGAUGGCCAUUAAGUGUCCUAAGACUUACUUGGGUCCACUUAAUGGUGUACAAGCCAUUACCAUGGGGGGAUUCAUAGACAGCUCGUAACACAUUUUUCAUUUCCAAAUACUCAUUCAAUUUUUAAUAUCUACACGCCUUGAUUCAACUCUACUUGCAUAUGGAGGUUUUAUGUCUGUCUUUUAGAGGUGGAUGGGCAGGCGUUCAGGAGAUGACCAUUCAUUGCAUUGAAAAGCUACUCAAAUGAAAUUUUAAAUGUAGUUUGUACAGAAGUCGCACACGUCUUGUCUGCCCUCACAGAUGUGAAAGCUUAACUUUUCUUUUGAAUGAAUUUUUUGGGUUUUUUUUUUUUGUUUUUGUUUUUGUUUUUUUUUCAUUUUGUUUUGUGUUUUUUCAAAGGGGGCCAGAAUAAUUAAUAUUUGGUAGAGAUGCUCUGGUUUGAAUCUGCUGCUUUCCUACAAUUUUUCAAAUUUUAUAAUGUAUUAAAUACAAUAAACUCUGUUUAAAGUAAUAAAGGUCUGAUUUCAGCCAGCAGGAGCAGAGAGGUGGGGUUCAGCUCCCUGCACUCUGGCACAGUGCACAGAGAUGAAGGCAGCAGGCGUUGUGCGGGCAUUGUGUUUUGGGGUCUUUCUUCAGGGCUGUCCUUAAGAUUUGUCCUGGUUUGAAGAGACAAGCUCAAAAAACAGCACCAAUCCAGCCCAGGGAAACCCAUCUGAAAUGGAUGCCUGAGUUUGUAAGUGUUGAUGUAACAACGCUUGCAUCAUUUCCUCUAACUAAAGAGCAGGCAGCUUCCAUUUUCAAUGACCUUGCCCUGCUGCAUGUUAACCAGCCAGUUUGUUUUCGUGCCCUUCAUUUCCCUUGUUCAGACCUAGUGUUCUUCUCCCUAGAGAGUGAGCCCCUCUGCUCCUCACGCUGCACCGUGGCUGACAGCAGGCAAUGGGUGAGUCCUGCAAGGCCAUCCUAGAGCCAGCCCAACUCCAUGAGGCCACCACAUGGCCCUCUCCCAGGGAGAUGCUUCUGCCACAUGAGAUGAACCAGCAACCACUUUCUUUCCUCUGAAGUACCUUUUUAUGCAAUAUUCCAGAAUAUGACUGUGUACUCAUCCCAGUAUGGAAGUUUCUAUCGAAGCAAUGGUGCCGGCAUUACAUUCAUUUUGGUGACACUUUGCUAUUUAUUUAAGAAAAGAAAAAAGAAAUUGUUAAAGUAAAUACAUGUAAUAAGGUUUUUAAUAUAGUCUGAUAACUCAAAGCUACCAUUUUUUUCUGUUUUCCAUUGAAAUUUGUCAGAGGGCAUACUUACAUAGCUCUUUGGCAACACCUAUAAUGGGAUUUUGAAACUACUGAGAUAUGGAAAUGGGUGGAAGGGGGGGCUCCAUAAAUGAAGAUUCCUGAGCAGGUUAUUGGGUCUUCAAUGUGUUGCUGAUCUGUCUACUCACAGUACUGAAACAGCUGCCUCACUGAAAGUGCUUGUUUUCAAUCAGCAGCAAGUAGUCCUCAUACCAAAUAAAUGCUUGCUCUUUCUACCCAAAAUUUGGUUGUUAGUAUGCAUAGAAAAGUCUAAAAAAAAAACUAAAAACAAACAAACAAACAAACUCUGGGAAAUAAAUACUUUUAACAUCUCUUCAGACUUCUCGAAUUGAACAAUGUUGACCUGAAGCCAGUCCUGCAGGCUGACAACACACCGCCGAGUACUGGCAUGAGGUGAUGUGCUGUUCUGGGGACAAUUUGCUGCAGAAAUCCUUCCUGCUCCCCAGAUGCAGCCCUGUGUGCACCUGAGGACACGUUUCCAUCUGUUGAGCCCAGAGGUGCUCCCAGAUUCAGCACUGCCAGCCCCCACGCACAAGUAUGGGCCUGGGCUCUGGUGCAAGCUGGAAGGGCUGGUAGCAAUGUCAGCCCCAAAAUUGUCCUCAUGGUGCCUUGCAUGUGAGAUGCAGGCAAAAGGGGCACUCACUCGAUGUUCACCCCACUUUUUACCAUCUGUGAUACUUGUUGCCUUGCUCCCAAAGCAGAAGGCUGUGCUUGGCUGGCAGUUGUGCUUGCUGUAUCCAUACCUGUUCAAGCUGACAAGCACCAAGGCCACCUCGGUGCUCUGUGUGGCACCUGGAUGGCCGGGUGGCUUCCCACCAAGGCCACACUCAUUGCUAAUGGAGCCAUAAAUCACCCUUUGACCCUGGACGUGAAUGUCACUGUGAUAACAGUGUGACCACAGAGUCAGAGGUCGUAAGUAAACACAGCCAGAUGCGCAGCAAACACUACACAGCAGCGAGCUGGACUGAGAGAGGCAGUGAGAUUGGUUCUGGGUACAGCCCAGGCUUACCACCGCGUGUUUGAGUUGCUCUUCAGAAAAAGGGAUCAGCAGACAAGAAGGGAGGUGGAAAAAAACAAAGAAGCAGACGACAGUUAGCUCUUUCCUGGAGGUCAGUAGUUUUGAUGUGUGCAGUAGUUUAAAUUUAUCUGAUUUUUUAUUAAAAAUGUUACACUGCCAGCAGCGCUGCAUUCAACAAGAGGAAGCGGUGCGGUGAGCAGCUGCUGCCGGCGUUGUAGCUGAGCAGCCUGGCCAGGCAGUGACUGGAGAACCGCUGUGGGCACAUGGGGAAUGCAGUUGCCACUUCCACCCCUUCUCAUGGAGGAGCUGUGCCAGCGUCAUCUCCUUCUCUAGUGUGAACGCUGAUUCCAUCGACUCGGUGUUCAGCCGAGUCUGAAAACUAAGCCACCCAUUCAGCAAUUUUACUUUCCGCUCAGCAGGCCUUGAUUUCAACUCGAGGAGGAACAUUCUGUUCAUGAGCAUAAUUUUUUACAGCACCCUUUAAAAAUUGAUUGAUACGCUAAUUUACAGGGGCUUUGCCAUCACCUAAAUGAAUUGUCACAUGCAUUUUUCUGUAAUGUUCAUCUUUUUGGGGACUCUAGGGAGGAAAACUUGAUUUUAAGGGGAGUGAGGAAAGCAUAUUUCUUGAC